AUGUCAGGUCAGUCCGCCUCAAAUGCUCGUGUUUUUAACACUAUAUUCAGUGCUGCAACUCGUGCUCGACAUGAAUUAAGAAAUACGGAGAAUUUAUUCUCUGCAACAAGGAGACUUUUUCGACGUCAAGUGCAGAGAAGUCAAGGUUCGGUUGGGAGGCUGCCAAGCCCUGUAUGGAAGACAAACAUUUUCUUGCUUUCUGGCCCUAAUAUUGACGUUCUCCCUUCUCCCUCGGAUGUACAAAGACUGAAGAACCAUGGAUUAGGCAACCCUGUGCAUGAGGGGACAGAAACCAGGAGCUCUAAAAUUAACCUGAAUUGGAGCUUGUCUGAACUGAACAACUUUGUGUGUCAAAGCUACCCACACAUUAGCCUAAAUCUGGUUGGCUUUGAACUGGCAAGAGCUGGAAAAGGACGAAAGGUAAAAAAAUUACAGGUGAAUUCUGUGAGGGAGCUGAAGGAAAAGGUUGGCAAAAGCAGACUCUACAUUCUACCACGAGCAGAUGUGUCACAGGAAACCUACUCAACAGCAGCAAUGUCCAGGACCUUGUUUCCAGAACCCUCAACUGCACCAGAAGUACAGAAUAUCUCUCCAGAGGUUGAGAGGACCACCGGAAAUUUGGGGGAAGAGCAGACACUUCUAGAUUGGCGAUCUCUGCGGUCCCAGCAAGACAAAGACUAUGAAGAGUCUUUGUUAGCAGACCAAGAAAAAGAAAGGAGAAGACAGUGUUACAAGGCCUUGGAGGAAAGACGCAUAAAGGCAAUUGAAGAACGCCGGCAAAGACUGGCGGUACAUGAAGAACCCUCAACUGGACUGCUUUUGAAGUUCAAAUAUCCAAAUGGAUUUAUCACAAAGAGAACAUUCAAUGUGUCUGAUCCAAUUCAGUUCUUGUUUGACUUUGUUGGACAAGAUGAAAUGGCCAGUGAAAUAUUCAGUGUUCAACAAGCAACGUCAUCCACACCAAUUGAGAGUACCUCAUCAGGCUCACUGAUGGAUCAUGGCAUAACAACAUCUGUAACUUUGUACGUGCUUUGGAUUUCAACUGUAGAUAUUCAGGAAAGGUAUCCAGUUCAGGCGAAUGUAGUGCAGGAACAGUCGCUGUCUCAGCAAGCACAGACAUCUUUGUCAGCCCAGUCACCACUGGCCCCAACAUCUCCUCAAUGGCUGUCGACCAUGCCUAACUCCUUAGAAACAUCAACUUCAUUCUCCUCCCAGUCGCCUGUGUUCCACCCCUCCACUCAAGUGAUUACCAUUGAGGACCAGGCACCAACUUCUCCAUUAACUGAGCAAACUAUAAUUUUACUGGAAGAUGAAGAGCCACCUGAUUCUCAACAUCCACCAGAGUUGCCUUUGGAUGAAACAGAUCUUCAGACUAUAUUAGCAAAACUAUACAGCAAGGUUGAUAUGACUUCCUGUCCUACAAGCAACCAAAUAAAUGUGUGCAGGGACAGGAUUUUAGAAUGUAGCCUGCAUGCCUUCAGAAGACGCCGUUUUGAUCCAGCAGCAAAACUGGAUGUUGUUUUUGUGGAUGAAGAGGACACCGCUGAAGGGGCAGUUGAUGAAGGUGGUCCCACACGAGAAUAUCUACGACUUUUAAUGAGGGCCAUUCAUCAAUCAAAUGUCUUUGAGGGGCAUGAGAAUGACCGCCAUCUAGCUUUGAACACAAGUGCGCUGGAGUUAAAGAUGUACAGCUGUAUUGGAAAAAUGAUAUCAGUCUGUUUGGUGCAUGGAGGCAUUGGACCACACUUCUUCUCUCAAAGGCUGUAUGACCACAUUUGUGGCACAUUGUCUAAACCUACCCUGGUUGAGGAAGUUGUUAACCAUUCUUUCAGACAGCAGUUGAUCGAAAUUAAGGAUGCAAACACAGUUGUGGAAGCAAACGAAGCCAUUAUGCAGGCUGCAGAUACCUUGAGCAUUAUUGGAGCAUUAAGGCGUGUAACUACUCUGGAAGAGAGGGACUCCCUCGUGCAAUCUGCUGCAGACUUCUUUGUAAAUGGUCGAGUGUGCGCUGCGUUGCAACAGUUUAUGGAAGGUUUGAAGAGUCUGAAUGUGCUGGACGAGAUUCAGAAAAACCCUGCAGUCUUUCAUGAAUUGUUUGUCUGUGAGGAGAAACCACUCUUGGCACGGGACCUGUACACACUUUUCCAAGUGUGUUUUUCUGUGCAAGGCAGCAAUAAAAGGAGGAUAGAAAAUCUAACCAUAUGCUACUGGAGAGACUGGUUGGUGGAUAUUGAAGAAGGAGAAUGCAGUCCCAUGACUCUUGAAAUGCUUCUGGAGUUUGCUUCUGGAGCAUCCAAGGUACCUCCACUGGGCUUUCCCCAUCGUCCACAAAUUGAAUUCCUCCAUGAGGCUAACAAAGUCUUCCCAGAAGCAAAUACUUGCCUUAUAGUACUCCGGCUUCCUGUACACUCGGACUAUGAGUCUUUCACAAAGUACAUGACCGACGGGGUGCUGCAGGCACCUACCUUUGGUGUUGCAUAAUCAGCUAAUAAGCAGUUAUUUUAAGAAAAGAAAAAAAAAGUUGAAAUGGUCUCAAAAGUUAAUUGUUUUAAAGCAAGUUACAGUAUUAUUGUACAGUUAAUGUAAUGGCCAAACUUGGAAAACAUUGAAAUGUAAAUUCAAUAAUUGCACUUAUUAUUUUUCUUAUUUUUGCAAAUAGAUCUCUUAUUAAUCACUUUAUGGUUUCACAAUUUAAAGGUGGAUGUUUGAGCCACACUGCAAAAAAAAAUGUCUCAGGGUUUUUGAGUAUAUGAGUUUUAUUUGUAGUUAUUGCAUCUUAAUAACAAUGCAUCAUACAGUAUGUUCUAGAUGAUUUUCACUCAAACAUGGUGACAUGUACUUAAAUCAAUAAAGCAUUUGCAAUUU